CGCUCUGAGGAAUAAAUAAGGGCAGGGAAACCGAACCGCAAUGGGACAACUCUUAUUUCGGUCCAAUUCUGCCUAAAAAUACCCCGAAAUGGCCUUUAUCCGUGACGGGGUGUCGUUAGAAGGUUUGUAGAGGGCUUUGGGGAUCUGUUUGGCUACUGAAAGGGACUGAGAAAGUUGAGAAGGAAACGAACUUCAGAGACGGUCAUGGAGGAUUUCGGUUCGGCGCUGGAGAAGAACGUGGCGGAUCUGACCGUGAUGGACGUCUACGAUAUCGCCGCGGUCGUGGGCCAGGAGUUCGAGCGCAUUAUCGAUCAGUACGGAUGCGAGGCUCUGUCCCGCCUCAUGCCCAAAGUGGUCCGUGUGCUGGAGAUCCUGGAGGUCCUGGUGAGCCGCAACAGCAUCAGUCCAGAGACCGAGGAGCUGCGCCUGGAGCUGGACCGGCUGCGGCUGGAGCGGAUGGACCGGCUGGAGAAGGAGAGGAAACAUAAGAAGGAGCUGGAGCUUGUGGAGGAUGUGUGGAGAGGAGAAGCCCAGGAUCUGCUGUCCCAGAUCGCACAGCUGCAGGAGGAAAACAAAACACUGCUUAACAACCUGUCCAUCAAAGAAUGUCCAAUGACGGAAGAGGAUAUACAGAAACAGGAAGGCAUGACCGAGAGGGAACGGCAGGUGAUGAAGAAGCUGAAGGAAGUUGUAGAUAAACAGCGAGACGAGAUCCGUGCCAAAGGCCGCGAGCUGACACUCAAAAACGAGGACAUUGAAGCGCUCCAGCAGCAGUUGAACCGGCUGAUGAAGAUCAACCAUGACCUGAGGCAUAAGAUCACGGUGGUGGAGGCCCAGGGUAAAGCGCUGAUCGAGCAGAAGGUGGAGCUGGAGGCGUCUGGUCAGGCACGGCAGCAGGAGAUGGGUAACCUGCGACAGGAAGUGUCCCGUCUUAAGGAGCGGCUUAAAGAGCAGGGCAAGAUCAGCGCUGAGACGGAGGAGCCUGUAGGACCACCUUCACCUGCACAGUCGUCUAAAGCAGCCCCUUCCUGGGGUCAGGAUUUAGCUUCUGAGCUCCUCGCUGGGGGCCUGGAGAUAGAGGAAGGUCCCCUCCAUUUCAUCCCCCACACCGGGGCCCUAGGAGCCCUGACAGAUGACGGUGAGGAGGAGAAGGACGAUGAAGAGGCUGCGUUUUCAUGGGAGGCGCUGUGUGAUGACGACAUGUCCUCUAUAGAUCCAAAAGACCCGAACCGCCCACGAUUUACCCUGCAAGAGCUGCGUGACGUCCUGCAUGAGCGCAAUGAGCUGAAAGCUAAAGUCUUCAUGCUGCAAGAGGAAAUCGCAUAUUACAAAAGUGACGAACAGGAAGAGGAAACAGACACGCUGCUCCCAGAUGCGUCUCCAACCCUCAGGCCAAGCUCGCGCUCCAACUUUCAGCCCGAGUCGGGGAUAAAACGACUGUUUAGCUUCUUUUCCCGUGACAAAAACCGAGGCUCUCAGAGGAGGAUGCCGCAGAUGGGUGACGGCUUCGGCUCGUGGGCGGGGAAAGAGGACGUGUACACAGAACAGGCCCAGGAGGCAUUACAGCACAUGUAACGAACACAACGCUCCACUAACCGCUAACCUGCACCAUGUGACCGUAUGCCACGUUUACGCUCCCUUUCAUGGUCACUUUCACAGCACUACGUCUGCAAGCAGAUGAGACAAGAGCUCACAAAGGGAACAUGGGGGACGGGGCUGUUUAGAGUUACUGAUAGAUUGUGGCCCUCACCUUCGCCCAAAGAUACUGUGAGGGAGUUUUAUGUGCCUAUUUUGUACGAUAGAUAGACAUUUUAUUGCUAUUGCAAACGACAAGUUACUGUAAGUAAGUAGACGAAUAGAUUUCAGACAGUAUUCUGAUGACGUUUAAAGAGAAGAUGCCUUCGGUAGAUAAGAUACAUAUCUAUUUUUAAUUCAAAUUGAAUUAUGAGUGAAAAAAUGUGAGAUUUUAAUUUUGAGUUGCUACGCCCAGGCCAGAGAUUGUCUGAAAAGGAUGGUGGCCUUAUAUGUUGAAUGAUGUUUAAAACUUUUUUUUGAAAUUGCACAGUAGCCUGAUUCUUUUGGCACACAGAAUUUAAAGGAAUAUCAAGUAUUCAUUUCUACUGACAUCCUUUAUGUCAUGCUGUGUUAUCACAGAAAAUAAUUGUAACUUGUCCCUCAGUUUGUAACAACAAACAUUGUAUUUACAGUAAUGUAUUUGAUAUAGAGGUGUAUGGGGCAAAACAUUACGAUCAGAGAAAUGUGCCUCUCAAAAAGCCCUUUUAUUAACUCUCAUGUUUUUGCAGUGAAUUGUGUUUUGUAGGAAGAGGAUACUUUACCGUUCAAUGUAAUGUAAAAACAGUAAUAUUGUGAAAUAUUAGCACAAUUU